UACAAACGCACUUACAUAAAUACACUUACAUAAUUGGUCGCAUUCGGAGAUGAUCGUUAUGCGGGGGUCCACUGUAUUUUUAAAUGUUUAUACAGCAGUGUACUGUAUAUUGUAAUAAACAUAAUUAAGAAAAUCAGCUGUAAUAUGUAUUAUUUACGUAUGCAUACUGGUCAGAGAGCCCGUCGUAAGUCCGAGUCGUCGGUAAACGAGUAUACCGCUAAGUGAGGAGAGGCUGUAUUUACUCCACUGACAUCUCUGACACCAGUAGAGCAAAUGUAAUGCAUUAAUAUGGUGAUUAUUAUGGACAAGGUAGAAUUUUAGAUUCUGAUCAUUCAGCUUUCAUAUUAUUUUCUAGAAGUAUAAAUGGGCAUACUGGAUGCACAUUUAACAAAUUAUUCUGAAUUUUCAGCUUUUAAGUCAUUCCAGUACACGUAACCAGCAUGGACCUGAGGCUGUCUUAUACCUUAUGCUUAUGGUAAAUUAUCGUAAACAUGAGAUGACCAACCCAUACACUGUCAAUCUGUCUCUACUGGAUGAUGAACUCAUCCUCAAUGGUUAUGGACAGGUGAUCACAGCUUCAUUGGCAGACUUCAAUCAUAAAUACUCUGCACACUUCAUGGAGCCUCAGGGUUCUGGAUGGUUCGCAUCUCUCACUUCAAUGGUCGGCUCUAUGUUCUUGUCAGAAGAAAUGGCUACACGCAAUGAGCACAUAAAGGCAAAUGACUCAUUUUUGUUGGCAUUAUAUGAAGCAGUUCACCUUUUAAGCGCAAACUUUCAUCAACUGGCCCUCACAACUGCUACCAAGACCCUUCCACACCACCUCCCCAGCCAACACAAUAUAUC